GCAGCGGUCAACGAGCAAGUGUUGCUCAGAAGCGGUUAGCCGACCGCUUGGAGCGGGACACUCAAAAUCCCGUACAACCCAUCUGUUCCUGACAGAGUCUGGAUUGGGAUUCAACACAUUUUUAGCUCCGACUCAUACAGUUCGCGCCAGGUCGAACGCUGAUCACACGGGUCGCCUUUUUCCUGAAGUAGCUAACAGGCUGCCAACAAAACAUGAAAGCUAGUGGCGACGGCAAAAUGCCUCUCAAGAAGCAGCGCGUCAACGUCUCCAGCUCCUUGGAUCUGGAGUCAGAGGAUGUCAGCCUGGAGACUACGGGGCCGACCAACGAUGACGUUUCUUCUUCGGACGAGCAGCGAGUCUCCCAGAAAGUCACCCGCCAGCUGAUCGAGAGGAAGGAGCUGCUGCAGAGCGUCCAGCUGUUGAAGAUCGAGCUGUCGCAGAAGAACCUUAUUAUAGACAACUUGAAGGCGGACUACAUGGCCAAGGCUGAGGAUCUGGAAGACCGACUGAACGAUGAUCUACAUCAGAAGCAAGUGCUUGCUCUGAAACUGGACACUGAGCUGAAACUUGGUCAGGAGGAAAACAGGAAACAACAGUCUCUGCGCAAGCAAGAGAUGGAGACAAUCCGACUGUGGCAGCAGCAGGCUGAGGAGUCACAGCACAAGUUGCGGGAGAUCGCAGGUGAUUUGCGUCAGUCCCUCCGGGAUCUUGAAAUCUCUUCAGAAAGAUACCAGGAGCUGCGAGGCAUGUCUGAGGAUAAGAUGUCCAUCCAAGAAUAUGUGGCUGUGCGCUUGUAUGAGGCAGUGACUCCCUUGAGGACGCAGGUGGCUGAAUUGACUGUGAAGAAAAACGCUUUGACUGAAGAGCUGGAGACACAUCGAACCCAAGUAAAGUCUGUGAUGGAGAGCUACGAAGAGGAGCGGCGUCUACGCACAGAGCUGGAGUUGAGGUGUCGGAGGCUGACCCUGGAGCUGGCCGACACCAAACAGCUCAUUCAAGAUGGGGACUAUCGCAGAGAGAACUAUCCCCAAAUCAAACGUGAGCGAGACAACUUUGAAGCCGACCUGAAAGAGUUGAAGAGAAGAGUUGAGGCGCUAAAUUUAAACCACACUGCAGUGACACAGGAAAGAGACAACUUCAGUAAAGAGGUGGCGACCUUGUCUCAGUCAGUGACGCUCCUGCAGAAGGAUAAAGACUACUUGCACCGGCAGAACAUGGAGCUGAGUGUUCGCUGCGCUCACGAAGAAGACAGACUAGAAAGGCUGCAGGUGCAACUAGAGGACACCAAGAAGGCCAGAGAGGACGCAUAUGAGAAAUACAUAGUGUCCAGAGACCACUACAAGUCAGAGUACGAGUCCAAACUCAGGGAGGAACUGGAGACCAUUCGACUGAAAACCAGUCAGGAGAUAGACAACCUGCAGAGAAAUUGCAGAGAGAUGUACGAACGGGAGAACAGGAACCUGCGGGAGGCCAGAGACAAUGCAGUAAUGGAGAAGGACCGAGCUGUUGUUACUGAGCGAGACACUCAGUCCAGAUAUGAUCAACUGCUGGAACAAUUUCGGCAGCUCCAGCUCGGGACUGAUGGCAGGGUCGCCGAAUUGACCAACCAGGCCAAGUUGCAUUCAUUCGAAGCUGAGCGUGCUCAGAUGGUGAAGGAGGAGAUGAGCAAAGCUCUGGCCCAGUGCCAGGUGGAGUGUGAGAAACAGCAGAAAAAAUUGGAGCUCCUGACCCAAGAGUUUUACAGUCUGCAGACGUCAUCAGAGAAGCGGCUGGCGGAGCUGCACGCUCAAAAUGCCGAGCAGGCAUCUCGGCUAGAAACGUAUGAAAAAUUAGAACAGGAGCUGGACCAAGUGACCAUCCAGGCUGCUGAAAUUGAGAAUGAAGACGAGGCAGAGAGGGUUUUGUUCUCAUACGGUUAUGGUGCAAAUGUUCCCACGACAGCUAAACGACGACUGAAACAGAGUGUUCACCUGGCCCGCAGGGUGCUGCAGCUCGAGCGACUCAACACGUCACUAAGGAGGGAACUGGAUACACACAAGUCACAAUCAGGACGGGUCUCUGAGGAGCUGCUGGCAGCCAACCAACUUCUGGAGCAGACGCAACAGCCGUACAGCUACCUGAUCGAGAACAUCAGACGCAAAGAAGAGGACAUCAGAACCCUGAAGGAGAGAGUAGCGUCCCUGGAAGAUGAUGUCAGUUCUCUGAGGAAGGAGCGCAACACACUGCUGCAGGUGAAGAACAACAUGGCCGCUGAUCUGGAGCGACUGCUCAGCCAUGAAGAGGAGUUGGCGGUGAUGAAACAGGUCCUGAUCAAAAUGAACUCCAAAGACGGAGACGCUCGAAACCCCCUGCAGACCGGCAAAACUGGUAUCAGGAGCUUGUCUGCAGGCAAGCAGCAGGCCAAUAGAAGCAGCAGGACCCACGAAGAGUCACCCAACAAGCCCAAACCUACAGUGUUUACUAACACCAAAGCUCCUGACUGGUACCAGUGGCAGAAGCCAAAACCCAAGUGAUGAUUCAUGAGCCAAGGAGCUGCUGGAUUAUCCUUCAGUUUUGGUUUACUGUGUUUCUUGUUUAGCGGCUGAAUUGUUUUAAAAUAAAAGCUGAAGCUCAAGAUUUGUUUCUA